AGUGUUACUUUGUCCUGUUUGAACUCAAAAUGCAGUACUGAAAGUGUGGCGGGGAUGGAAGUGUUGAGAAACAGCCCGCUCAGCUGAUUGGUAAGCACUUUGUGUGGGUUUGUUUCACAUUUAAAAGGAAGCAGCACAACUGGUCUGAACAGCGUUGAGUCAACAGCUGGAGACGCUCUGAGCUGCAGAGUUCUGAUCAUCCUUCAAGAUGGAAAUUUUUGAAGAUUAUUCCUUUGAUUUCUAUGACUAUAACUACACCGAUGGAUUCAACGACACGCCUCACGAGGAGACGGUUUUCACACACCAAUCGUCAUGCUUGAUGGAAGCGUUGUGCGUGGCUUUACUCGUGAUCAACGUCUUCAUUUUUCUGCUGGGCUUCUGCGGGAACGCUUUGGUCAUCUGGAUCUCUGGCUUCAAGAUGAAGAAGACGGUGACCACCACCUGGUACCUGAGCCUCGCCAUCUCCGACUUCGUCUUCUGCGCCUUCCUGCCGUUCAGCAUCACCAACAUGGUCAUGGAGGAGUGGAUCUUCGGCCGCUUCAUGUGCAAAUUCGUCUCCUCUGUGAUGUUCCUCAACAUGUUCAGCAGCAUCUUCCUGCUGGUCGUCAUCAGCGUCGACCGCUGUGUGUCCGUCGUGUUUCCAGUUUGGGCGCAGAACCAACGCACUGUGAACAAGGCGUCCGUCAUAGUUGUCUUCGCCUGGGUUCUCGCCAUCGCUAUGAGUUUUCCCUCUGUGAUCUUCCGUGAAGUUGACACUUAUUUUGAUCGCACCAUUUGUUACAACAACUACACAUGGGACAGUCACAAAACUGUGGCGGCGAGCCGCUUCCUCGCAGGAUUUAUCGUCCCUUUCAUCAUCAUCAUCAUCUGUUACUCCAUCAUCAUCCUCAGACUGCGCAACAACAGGCUGAUGGCCAAAUCCUCCAAACCCUUCAAAGUCAUGACGGCGCUCGUCGCAACGUUCUUCAUCUGCUGGCUGCCGUACCACGUGUUCGUGCUGCUCGAGCUGAACGUCGAAAACCUCCACGACCACCACGGCCUUUUGAUCACCGGACUCAAAGUGGGGACUUCUCUGGCUGCGGCAAACAGCUUCCUCAACCCGGUGCUGUACGUGUUCAUGGGCAAGCAGGAGUUCAAGAGCUCCGUGCUGUCAAAGAUGGUGAACGCCAUGGAAGAGGAAGGCCGCACCACCAGCAGGUAUCUGUCCAGGUCCAGCUCGAUGGACACCAGAGCCUCCACCCACAUCUAGACAUUACUGCACCGCUGGUUCUCCAGUUAAGAGCUCAAAUACUCCUUUUAAGUAUUUAAUUAUUGUCUCUUAAACAACAUAUGAAAUGUGUUUUUGCUCGUGAAAACACGCUCUGUAUAGAUUGAGAGUGUCAUUUUUUGCGUUUUUCUUUUAAAGGCAAUUUAAACGUGUAAAAUAGUUCAGGAAUGUGCACGUGAGCCAACAUCCUCUGCUUAUCUGGUGUUGCAGGAUUUGUUCCAUUGAUCUCCUCCAGCAGGACGAAUGUAAAUACACAUGUUAUGUAUAUUAAGUCGUGCAAUACAUGGAUUGUUAAAUAUGAGGUGUACAUGUUUCAAUAAUAAACACAAAAUGUUUAUUUUACUUA